CAGGAUCCUCCGUUGAUCAGGAGGUCUGGAGAUUUCAUGGUGAUCUGCUGGAUUUCAUGGUGAUCUGCUGGAUUUCUGUGGCUCAGAUCUGGUAGUGAUGCAGGAGGAGAGGGGCGGGAUCAGCACUGUAAUAAUGACAACAACUAGCCAACGUCCACCAGCAUCUAGUUUACUGUUUGACCAACCAGAUCACUUUUAGACUUCCAAACUAUCUACAUGCCAAGUCACAGUUCAAGCUAACAACAGGUUAACAGCAGGCUCGUAACAGGCUAACAGUAAGCUAACAGCAGGCUAACAACAGGCUAAUAGGCUAACAGCAGUUUAAUAAGUGUGCAGUGAGUAGGAAGCUAGCUGAGCAUUAUGCUAACAAUAAGCGACAGACAGCAGGAUGGGAUCAAAGUUUAGAUUCAGUAAAUCUCAUUACAGAAAGGUUGAACUGCUCUACAGCCUGCAGACAGAACUCAGGACAAACAACACCCUAACACUGAGGAGGAGCUGUACGUUCACCUCUUCAUCCUCUUCAUACUUAAUGGCGCUCAGACAGACCUGUAUGUAGGCUGCAGUGUCUGUGUGUGUCUAUGCGUGUGUCUGUGUGUGUGUGUGUGUGUGUGUGUGUCUGUCUAAAGCUGCUUGUGUGUAAAGAUGGAUUACAGACGACAUGUUUCACAUGUUCAGAGUGGCGCCAUUUUAUGUGUACCGUUGCCUUAGCGACCAGUAAGGUACGCUAACUUCUGUAUAAACUCACUUUGGACUCACUGAGGUUCAGAACCCAGCUGAGGUCUCAGAAUCCUAAAGACUCAGAAUCCUCCUAAAGACCCAGAACCCUUCUGAAGGUUCAGAACCCUCCUAAAGACUCAAAACCCAGCUGAAGGUUCAGAACCCUCCUAAAGACUCAAAACCCUUCUGAAGGUUCAGCACCCUCCUAAAGACCCAGAACACUUCUGAAGGUUCAGAAUCCAUCUGAAGGUUCAGGAUCCUCCUAAAGACUCAGAACCCUUCUGAAGGUUCAGAACCCUCCUAAAGACUCAAAACCCUUCUGAAGGUUCAGAACUCCCAGCUAAAGGUUCAGAACUGGCCUAAAGACUCAGACCCAGCUGAAGGUUCAGAACCCUUCUGAAGGUUCAGAACCCUCCUAAAGACUCAAAACCCUUCUGAAGGUUCAGAACCCCCAGCAGAAGGUUCAGAACCCUUCUGAAGAUUCAGAACCCAGCAGAGGGUUCAGGAAAGGUUGUGUGUGUGUGUGUGUGUGUGUGUGUGCGUUCCCCACCGUGCUAAACCAGAACCAAAGUCCACGACCUUGAGGUAAAUGAUUGGUGGAUUGUGUGAGUGUUGCAUGUGGGUCCUUGACAUAGUGUUGGAAACAAAACCAUGACCGUCCCUCUGGUGCAAACUCUCAUGUCUGGACCAGCAGUGUGUCUCUGAGAACCAUUUAGUUCCUCUUUUAUUAUUCUUUCACUAGAACCCUCUGAACUCUUCUCUUUCCUUCUAGGAGACAUGGACGGCCAACGGUGGGAUCGUGGUUCCUGGCACAGCGAGCCUGCGCCACUGUCCAUGCAGCCGGUCACAUGGCAACAGUCCAAAGAUGGAGAGUGUCUGAUUGGUCGAAUUCUGCUGAAUAAGAGGAUGAAGGAUGGGACAGUUGCCGCGGAUAUGGGAUCCCUGCUGGGACUCAAGGUGGUCGGGGGGAAGGUGAUGGAGUCUGGUCGUCUCUGUGCGUUCAUCACGAAGGUGAAGAAAGGAAGUUUGGCUGACACUGUGGGACACCUGAGGCCAGGUGAUCAGGUUCUGGAGUGGAAUGGUCGGCUUCUCCAGGGAGCCACAUUUAAUGAAGUUUACAAUAUUAUCCUGGACUCCAAACCAGAACCACAGGUGGAGCUGGUGGUGUCCCGACCUAUCGGAGAUGUUUUAAAAGCAGCGGAAAGCUCCCAUGUCCAGCUGGACUCCAGUUCCAGUUCCUUCAACCCUCAGAAAGUUGCUCCGUUCAUCUCUGUCACGUCUCCCAUGAGCCCCAGCGUUCUCUCCGGGAGGGUGUCUAGUGGUAUCAGGCGUCCUCUGGUUCCCCGAAUUCAGGUGAAGCUAUGGUAUGAUAAAGUGGGUCAUCAGCUGAUCGUCACGGUCCUCGGAGCCAAAGCACUUCCUGUCCGAGACGACGGCCGACCCAGGAAUCCCUACGUUAAGAUCUGCUUCCUGCCAGACAGAAGUGAUAAGAGUAAGCGCAGAACAAAGACGGUGAAGAAAUCGGUGGAACCUCGGUGGAACCAGACCUUCAUGUACUCUCCGGUCCCCCGACAGGAGUUCAGAGACCGGAUGUUGGAGCUGGCGGUCUGGGAUCAGGCCCGAGUUCGGGAGGAGGAGAGCCAGUUCCUGGGAGAGGUCCUGAUAGAGCUGGACUCUGCUCUGUUGGACGAUCAGCCUCAUUGGUACAAACUUCAUGAUGUUUCCUCUGAGCUGCCCAGCACCUCCCCGUACCUGCAGAGGAGAGGACUGCAGCCUGAAGACAGUCCAUCCAGCAGGGGGCUGCAGAGUGAGACACACACACACACACACACACACACACACACACACACACACACACAGUUAACUGUUGUUACCUGA